AUGUUGAGGCCCAGCCCGAUUUUUCAGUCAAAAGCGGCGAAAAAGAAGUCAAGCAAAAAGAAGUCUGGAUCUGAGGCAGCUCAGUUUGACCAGAAAACAAUCCAGGAAUUCAAGGAAGCAUUUGGCAUAAUGGACCAAAAUAAAGAUGGAAUAAUUGACAAGCAGGAUCUAAAAGAUCUUUAUGCCAUGAUGGGACAAAUUGCUUCCGAUGCACAAAUUGAAGCAAUGAUUAAAGAAGCACCAGGGCCAAUUAAUUUCACGGUCUUUUUGACACUCUUUGGAGAAAGAUUAACAGGAACUGACCCCGAAGCAACGAUAGUCGGCGCGUUCCAAAUGUUUGAUAAAAAAGAGUGUGGAAAGAUAUCGGAAGAAGAGCUGUUGAAAAUUCUACAAAAUAAGAGAGGAGAACCAUUCGACGAUGAAGAAAUUAAGGCGAUGUAUAAGGUAAAAUCACUUUGUUUUGCUGCUGUUUGA